AUGCCGGAAGUCGACGACCGAACAGCGGAUACUCGGGCCGUUUUCAUUGUAUUCAUCCCGCUGGUGUGUCUUUCUAUCGCAUUGCGCUGCUAUGUGCGCGGAUGGGUCGUUAAAGCAUUCGGCUGGGAUGAUGGACUGAUGAUCCUAGCAUUUGCAGUGUAUAUUACGGGUUGCGCUUUGACUAUUACAGGGACGCAUUAUGGCUCUGGCCAUGGAAUCAACGACCUGACGAAAGUUCAAGGCGCGACUGCGCGGAUGUACGCGUGGUUUACCCAGGUUUUCUAUGUAGCUUCAACAGGCGUCUGCAAAGUCUCAGUCUGCUUUUUCCUGAUUCGAAUCACCGUUAGACCACUCCAUCUUCGACUUCUCUAUGCAAUGCUCGCUUUCAUUUUAAUACACUCAACUUUAUAUUUAAUUUCCUGCUUUGUCAUGUGCCAACCGCUUGAGUACCUUUGGACCAGGUUGCUGCCCGGCGCGACAGGCACCUGCGUGGGUUCAAGGGCCUAUAUGGCUACUUUGUACACGGCUGCUGCCGUCUUAUGUCUCAUUGACAUUGUCUUGGGCAUUGUUAUUCCAUUUUUGAUUGUCCACAGGCUCCAGAUGCCAAAAGCAACCAAACUUUCGGUGUUGGGUAUCAUGGGUUUGGGAUGUCUUGCAACUGUUGCUCUUUUUCUGCGAUUUCCAUACCUGGCUAUGUUCGACUCCCGCGAACCUCUAAAUAGCAUGGUCGAUGUGACAAAUUGGUCCUAUGUCGAAGUCAGUUUAAACAUAUUUGCCGGGAGCCUCGCAACCCUUGGCCCGCUCCUCCGUGCCUGGUUCCGGAGACACCACAGAGGCGGACAUGCACCCACCACCGACACGACACCCAAUCCCAGACAGAGACAACUAGGAGGUCGACCUCGUGGUGUCCUAGAUCUUUCUUUCCCACUAUCAACGCUCGAUGAGUCUGUCGAAAGCAGCCUUCGGCCUGAUAAACUUUGCGUAACGGUGACGCAGGUUCGGAGUCAACGCCGUUCGGGGCCGCACGAUGCGAAUAUCAGCCAGGAGGAACUAACGGUUCGAAGAGCGAGCACGUCGGCUGGUAGUGGCGGGGAGCUUGAAAUUUAUAGGACGACUGAGAUGAUGCAGACUUCGGAUGUAGAGUCUGACAUUGCGAGGGAACGGGUUUAG